CCCCGUCGCCCGCGGCCCCUCCGCGCUCCCGCCGUCCCCUGCGCAUCGAUCCGUGCGCGCGGCGCCGUCAAUAAGUUUGCAAGGAGCCAAAGUCAAGUGCGUGCGCGCAGAGCCGGGCCGCGCUCCCGGGGUCCAGCCCGGGUGUUGGCGGCAGCCGCGUCCCCGGCCGCGCGCCCGCCCCCAAGAUGGCGGCCGAGGGGGGACCGCGGGGGGCCCGGGGGCCGAGGCCGGCCAGGGCUGCACGGGCGACCAGGGGGCCGCGCGCAAGACGGCGCUUGGACUUGCGGCGGCUGCAGAAAGAGCUUAAUUCUGUCUCCUCGGAGCUGUCUCCGCCACAGGAGGAAAGCGGGCAUUCUCCUAAACAUUUAAUUGAAGUCCACCGGGAAUUUAAGAAAGAUGUACCAGAGGGAAUCAGAGUGAUGGUAGCUCCAGUGCUGAAAAGCUUCCAAGCUGAGGUGGUGGCUCUCAGUAAGAGAAGUCAGGAGGCAGAGGCGGCAUUCCUGAGUGUUUAUAAGCAAUUAAUUGAAGCGCCAGACCCUGUCCCAUCAUUUGAGGUGGCGCGGACUUUAGACGACAGACUGCAGUGUCCCAGCUUCGACCCCAGUGGGCAGCGCCUACAAGACCUGCACAUCACGUGGAAGAGGUGCCAAGAGUCACCCAGUGCCAGAGAGCAGAACGAGGGGACGUGUCCCACCGGGCACACGCCAGCCAACGGUAACCACCUGCCAGGUCCCGAGGACACCCUUGUGACAGACACCUUGCUGCAGAAGGAUGAGGCCGAGAGACAGAAGGGCCUCCAAGGAGUCCACGUCACCUUGGCGGCCAGGCUGGGGGAGGCAGAGGAGAAAAUCAAGGUGUUACAUUCAGCGCUAAAGGCCACACAGACAGAGCUGCUGGAGCUGAGGAGGAAAUACGAUGAGGAGGCUGCAUCCAAGGCCGAUGAGGUCGGCUUGAUCAUGACGAACCUGGAGAAGGCCAACCAGCGAGCAGAGGCUGCCCAGCGGGAGGUGGAAAGCCUACGGGAGCAGCUGGCAUCGGUCAACAGCUCCAUUCGCCUGGCUUGCUGUUCCCCCCAGGGACCCAGUGGGGAGAAGGUGAGCUUUGCCCUGUGCUCAGGACCCCGGUUGGAGGCAGCACUGGCCUCCAAGGACAGAGAGAUCCUGAGGCUGCUGAAGGAUGCACAGCAGCUGCGGCUCUCCCUGCAGGAGCUGGAGGAGGUCUCAGCCAACCAAAUCGCCGACCUGGAGCGGCAGCUAGCAGCCAAGUCUGAGGCCAUAGAGAAACUCCAAGAAAAGCUCGAGGCCCAGGCUGACUAUGAAGAGAUUAAAACAGAGCUGAGCAUCCUGAGAGCCAUGAAGCUGGCGUCCAGCACCUGCAGCCUCCCACAGCCUUGCUUCCCCUCUGCUCAGGCGCUGGCCAAGCCUGAUGAUCCACUGCUCAUGGCCACACAGAAGUUCCUGCUGGAGAAGCCUGCACUGCUGGGCAGCCCUGAGGAGGACCCCUCAGAGGAUGACUCUAUCAAGGGCUCACUGGGCAUGGAGCCCCCCUACCCUCCUCAGCUUCCACCUCCGCCAGGCCCUGAAGACCCGCUGUCUCCAAGCCCUCCUCAGCCCCUACUGGGCCCCAGUCUGGGUCCUGAUGGGCCAAGGACUUUCUCCAUGUCCCCCUUCCCCAGCCUGGCACCAGGGGAGAGGCUGGCUGGGGACUCACUGCUGUCCAAGCAUAUGAUGGGCCCAGCUGCCUUCAAAGGGGAAACGGGCAACCUGCUGGCAUUCCCACCGGCUUUCUAUGGCGGUGCCAAGGCUCCAACGGCUCCUGCUGCCUCCAUGCCCGGUCCUGAGCUUACGGGGGCCCCGGAGCCUGUGGAUGGGGCAGGGCCAGAGGAGGAACAGCUGGACACGGCCGAGAUCGCCUUCCAGGUAAAGGAGCAACUGCUGAAGCACAACAUUGGCCAGCGUGUGUUUGGCCACUACGUUCUGGGACUGUCACAGGGCUCGGUGAGUGAGAUCCUGGCACGGCCCAAGCCUUGGCGCAAGCUCACGGUGAAGGGCAAGGAGCCUUUCAUCAAGAUGAAGCAGUUCCUGUCGGAUGAGCAGAAUGUGCUGGCCCUGCGCACCAUCCAGGUGAGGCAGCGAGGCAGCAUCACCCCGAGAAUCCGCACACCUGAGACAGGCUCAGACGACGCCAUCAAGAGUAUCCUGGAGCAGGCUAAGAAGGAGAUUGAGUCUCAGAAGGGAGGUGAGUCCAAGAACUCCCCAGCCUCCGUGAGCAUCCCCAACGGCACAGCCUCCUCCAACACCUCGGAAGAUGCCAUCAAGAACAUUCUGGAACAAGCCCGCCGCGAGAUGCAAGCCCAGCAGCAGGCCCUGCUGGAGAUGGAGUCGGGUCCCAGGGGCCGCUCAGUGCCUCCCUCUCCACCGGAGCGGCCCUCGCCAACCACUGCGAGCCAGAAUGGGGCCCUGGCCUGCGUGAAGCAGGAAGAUGGCGGCAGCAGCAGUAGUAGCAGUGCGCAGGCGCCGCUUGCUGUCCUGUCCCCCGCUGCAUUUGUGCAGCGAAUCAUCCGAAAGGUGAAGUCGGAGAUCGGCGACGCGGGCUACUUUGACCACCACUGGGCAUCAGACCGUGGUCUGCUCAGCCGUCCCUAUGCCUCCGUAUCGCCCUCCCUCUCCUCCUCCUCCAGUUACUCGGGACAGCCCAAUGGGCGAGCCUGGCCCCGUGGGGACGAGGCAACCAUCGCCCCUGAGGACGAAGCAGCUAUGGGCGAGGACGAGGCCCCCAGGGUGGGAGAGCUCAAGGCCGAGGCCGGAGCCCCCGAGGUGGGCGGCGGGCGACUGCCCUACUACCCAGCGUACGUGCCCCGCACACUCAAGCCCACUGUGCCGCCCCUGACACCCGAGCAGUAUGAGCUGUACAUGUACCGGGAGGUAGACACGCUGGAGCUGACCCGCCAGGUCAAGGAGAAGCUAGCCAAGAAUGGCAUCUGCCAGCGCAUCUUUGGGGAGAAGGUCCUGGGACUGUCUCAGGGCAGCGUGAGUGACAUGCUGUCCCGGCCAAAGCCAUGGAGCAAGCUGACACAGAAGGGCAGGGAGCCUUUCAUCCGCAUGCAGUUGUGGCUAUCGGACCAGCUGGGCCAGGGCCAGGCCCCAACCCAGCAGCCCAGCGCUAGCCAGGCUAGUCCCACGGAGUCAGCAUCCUCUCCAUCGCCUCCCCCAAGCCCCACAGAGCCUGAAAAGACUUCCCAGGAGCCUCUGGGCCUAUCUCUGGAAAGCAGCAAGGAGAAUCAGCAGCCGGAGGGCCGGGCCAGCUCCUCCCUGGGUGGAAAGCCCUUCUCAAGCAGCCAGGCUGCAGGGGGCAUCCAGGAGAUGGUGGCCAUGUCCCCAGAGCUGGACACAUACUCCAUCACCAAGAGGGUCAAGGAGGUCCUCACGGAUAACAACCUAGGGCAGCGGUUGUUUGGUGAGAGCAUCCUGGGGCUGACACAGGGCUCUGUGUCAGACCUGCUGUCGAGGCCCAAGCCCUGGCACAAGCUGAGCUUGAAGGGCCGGGAACCUUUCGUGCGCAUGCAACUGUGGCUGAGUGACCCCCACAAUGUGGAAAAGCUUCGGGACAUGAAGAAGCUGGAGAAGAAAGCCUAUCUGAAGCGCCGCUACGGGCUCAUCAGCACAGGCUCGGACAGCGAGUCACCGGCUGCGCACUCUGAGUGCCCCAGCCCAUGUCUGCAGCCACAGGAAUUGAGCCUCAUGCAGGCCAAGAAGCCCCGUGUGGUGCUGGCGCCCGCCGAGAAGGAGGCUCUGCGGAAGGCCUACCAGCUCGAGCCUUACCCCUCGCAGCAGACCAUAGAGCUACUUUCUUUCCAGCUCAACCUCAAGACGAACACUGUCAUCAACUGGUUCCACAACUACAGGUCCAGGAUGCGCCGUGAGAUGCUGGUGGAGGGAACACAGGAUGACCCAGACAUUGACCCAAGUGGGGGUCCCAGUGUCCUACCACCAGGCCACACCCACAUAGAGCCCAACCCGCAGAGCCCCGACUCAGAGACUGAGGACCAAAAGCCUCCCAUGAAGAGCCUGGAGCUACAGGAACCUGAGAGUCCCUUACACCGAGCUGCCCCAGACAGGGCUCAGGUGAAGGUCAAGCAGGAAGAGGGUUUGGAGGUGGAUGGGGACAGCCAGCCCCAGGACGUAGGGGAUCCAGACAGAGGGCAAGAUGGCCCCAAAGAAGAGCAUACCCACCCUCUGGGGAACAGUGAGCUCUCGGAGCUGGCCCCUGGGCCCUUCCUUCCAGGCACACCCAAUCCAGACUGUCGUUCAUUGCACACACCCCAAGAAAAGGAGACUGGGGAACAGGUUCACUCAGAGCCUCUGAGUUUCAAGUCCACCUCCGAAUCCUCCUGCUGCAGCCUGGAGGGGCCACCAAUUUCUCCCUCUGCCAUCUCCUCGCCAGACCUCACGACAUGUGUGUCACCCGCCCCCUCCUCCUCAGCCCCCAUCUCCCCAUCCCUACCUGGUGCCCCAUCUGCCAAAGUGCCAAGUGCCAGCCCCACUGCUGACACAGCUGCAGCCUUGCACCCCAGCACUAAGGUGAAUCCCAACUUGCAGCGGCGACAUGAGAAAAUGGCCAACUUGAACAGUAUAAUCUACCGACUGGAGAGGGCUGCCAACCGGGAAGAGGCUCUGGAGUGGGAAUUUUGAAGCUGGGGUUGGGGACAUAACCCCAGAGGUCAUCCUCCCUCCCUCCCUUCCUUCCUCCCUCCCUUUCCCAGAUGUGGUGGGGCCCAGAGAGGCAAGAACCCAGCCAUGCAGAUGUGGACAACAAGGUUAAGCCGUUUACAUUUAUUGUUGUAUCACUAGUUACCUGAAGUUGUAUGUGAGCAGAUGCCACCGCCUCUUCUUCUUGACAGCCCUGCUCGUAGGAGGCGCUGGAAUCCUGCCCUCAUCCCCUCCCUUGUGGGAAGGCAGGACCAAAAAGGUACCACAUCCUCACUCAGAAACUCCAAACUCUUUUAGAAAAAUAAAGAAAUAUUUAUAGACCUCUUUCAGCUAUUUUAAUAAAGGAUCCUUUGGAAUUUAUCCC